UUCAGGAAUCGACCAAUCCUCAAUUUUUAAAUGUACCUACACUGGAGGGAUAUCAAUAUCCAGUUGAUGACAUGGUACCCCUUCAUGAUUUACUCACUAAUUGGGGCUUAGGGUUUCUUUUUCAAACUUUACUAGAUGAACUUAUCUGUAUGAAAGGUAUAAUAAUUAUGGAAGCUGAUCAAGCUUAUGAACUUCUAAAACAUUUUCCAUUAGGGAUAAGACUGUUGUUUGUAUAUAAUUUAAAAAAAUGGCAAAAAACUCAAGAAAAUGAUAUGAAGUCUACCAACACACCACAGUUGAAUUUAAAAGCCUCUACUAAUCAACCUAUUCAAUAUCAUCAUCAAAAUAAUAUUAAUAAUAUAAGUAUAAAUUUAGGAGAAGUAUUAAAUUCAUCAAACACUGGUUUAAUGAUACUUCAAUAUUAUAAGUCAAACCAAAAAUUGAAUGACGGUAUAAGAUCAAUGUUAGUAGAUACUGUAAUUAACUGGGUCAUCACUAAAAAGAUAAACAUGUCUGUGAACCUGGCAGAACAGUUGGCAAAUCAAUUAGUGUCUAUAUUUCCUACAGAAGUGAAAGAUUUGUAUUUUAUGAAGCACGAUUCAAAUAAAAACCCUAAGGGAAAAUUAUACGCUAAAUAUUAUAAUUCUAUAAGGCUUCUUAAGACAACAGGUUUAGUGGCAACAAAGUUGACUUCUAGAAAUCAAGAAAAACAUAGUGGUCGUAAGCAUUGCACAGAGUUUGAGCCGGAACAGAGUGUUCAAUAUGCAGUAGAUGAAAUAAAAAACAAUAAUAAUUUUUCAAAUUUUAAUGAUUUGGAAAAGUUGUGGAAGGAAACUGUUAAUUAUCGACUCAAUUCCAUUCAAAACACUAAUUCUACAAAAGAAAUAAUGGGAAUGUGGAAGCCUUACACAUUGCCUUAUGGGUUUAGAUUAGUUGACAUUGAUUUUAAAAAAUUGUAUCCAGAAUGCCCAGACUUUAUUAAUUCUUAUGAACAAAAACACAUCAAGGUUAAGGAACUCUUCGAAAUAAAAAUAAAAGAUAGUUCUAGUAGAAAAUUAUUUGAAGAAUACAAAAAUUCUUCCUGCAUCACAGAAAGUGGAAAAAAUACAGUUUUUUUUUAUUUACUACAUUCCAUAUUU